CCAUUCUCCCGUGCGGAAAAUCGCAAGACAUAUUCCCCCCCCUCAGCCAAGUGCUAUGAUGAUGAAUCUCAAGGCCGGUGGGGUGCUGAUUGGCCCUGUCACAGGCAUGUCCGUGAGCCACACAGACAUAAUACAGAAUUCUCAAUCUUCUCAUUGUGCGGAGCCCCCGGAUGGGUUGAGUCCCCUUCAAUUUUCCAAGGCAAGUUGCCCCAGACCUAUGUCCAUUCUCCAUAUUCCUAUCGUUUCCAAUCAAAGAACUCGUUUCCAAUACAGUCCUGGCAGUGGAAAAAACUACAUGUCGUUUGUACCGGUUUCUACUGCGCCUUCAAUGGCAACCUAGGAACUUCGGCUCCAUCAGGGGCCAUGACAGUGCUCGCGUCCUAUUUUAGCAUUUCGAGCCGAUCGCAACUGGCUUUGCUUAACUCGCUAUACAUGUUAGGUUAUGUUAUUGGCCCCCUGAUCUGGGGACCCUUAAGCGAGCACAUUGGUCGUAAGCCAGUCAUGGCCGCUACGUAUCUUACCUAUGUCGUCUUCUCGAUAGCUUGCGCUGCAGCACCGAGUUGGCCAGCAUUGCUUGUCUUUCGCGUCCUGUGUGGCUUGAGCGCUGCAGCACCGAACUUUGUCUCAAGCGGCCUCUACGCUGACAUAUUUGACCAGCCAUCAAGCCGAGGCAUUGCCAUGUCACUUUUCAUGUUCUUCACCUCCCUCGGACCGUUCCUUGCGCCACUACUAUCCGGGACCUUCGCUGAAAUGUCCUGGCGUUGGUCAUUUUGGAUUGCAGUCAUCAUCUCAUUACCUGGCGUGCCGUUGGUAAUUAUGUUACCGGAAACGUACGCACCCGUCAUCUACGCCAAGCGGACGCAGGGCCGAUCGUUGUUCUUCUUCUUCUUUCCACGCCCCGCUCUAGUCCCAGAAAAUCUCGCAUCGUCAACUACAUUCAGCGCCAGAGACACUUUUCUGAGACCAUUUCAUCUUUUCUUUACAAUACCCAAACUCUUAUUCUCGUCGCUUUAUACAGCCUUGGCAUACGCCAUCAUGUAUCUUGUUUUCCAAGCAUAUCCUGUUAUCUUCGAAGAGUCGCUGGAUUGGCAUAUAUACCACGUGGGCGCUCUCUAUGUGGAACUGUUUCAAGCGACAGUGCAUGAGCUGACAUUGCGGGUAGUGAUAGUCGGUGCCUGCAUUGCGUUUAGCAUCUUUGCUGCUUAUACUCGUUGGCACAUGCUGGCUUCCCAGUCUGGCACACGAUGGACAACUAAGGAGGCAUAUCGUCGUCUUCCGUUGGCCUGUCUCGCUUCACCACUCAUGGUUCUUGGAAUGUUCUGGCUUGGAUGGACGUCGGGUAAAUCGCUACCACCAAUCCUUCCCAUGCUGUCUGGCUUGUUUUUUGGUACUGGGUAUCUGCUGCUGUUUAUGUCAAUGCUCAACUAUAUUAGCGACACACUCCCUGAAUUCGCCGCGUCAGCACAGGCUGUGGCGGCGACCAUUCGAUCAAUUGGAGCCGCUUGCUUGCCCCUGGCAGCCGGUCCGAUGUAUGCACAGUUCGGUGUGCGCUGGGCUCCCUCAUUGUUAGCAUUCAUUUCAUUGGCCAUGGGCGUGAUCCCUUUCAUAUUUAUACUCAUGGACGUAAAGGUACAAAAAAGGGCUGAAAACAAGAAGACCGGUGUAGUCGAUGAAGAGAGCACGGGAGAAACUCUAAUUGCAUAA